AUGUCGAACGUUCUCCUCUUCGGCGAUCAGACCGCCGAACAAUACCCCCUGCUCCACAGGAUCGUCCUUCGCACGGAUAAUGUCCUCGUGCUCAGUUUCGUUGAACGAUGUGCCCUGGCUAUUCGUGAGGAAACUCGCUMGCUCCCUCGCAGCCAGCGCGAUGCCAUUCCCGACUUUCUCACCUUGAGCAAUUUGCUUGAGGCCUAUUACGAGAAAGGUGGCAAGGUCCCCAUGCUCGAAUCCGCCCUGGUCACUAUUGCCCAGCUUGGUCACUACAUUGGCUACUUCUCCGAGCACCCCAACGAGCUUCCAGAUGUAUCCAACACCCGAGUCAUUGGUCUCUGCACUGGUCUACUUGCCGCCUGCGCCGUUACCUCUGCGAAGACGGUCGAGGAGCUCGCCAUUAUCGGUGUGGAGUUCGUUCGCAUCGCCUUCCGCUCCGGAGCUGCCGUCGAUAGUGUCAGAUCAAUGCUCGACCAGACUGGUCAAGGCAAGUCCACAUGGUCCACCAUUGUCACUGGAGCGUCCGAGAUUACCACAACCGAGCUCCUGGCCACUUAUCACGGCGUGAAAGGAAUACCACAAUCAUCUCAGGCAUACAUCAGCGCUGUGUCCCACAUGGMGCUCACAAUCUCCGGCCCGCCGACCACUCUUGACCGCCUGUUUAAGGAAACAUCGCUCUCUCAGCACAAUCGUGUCCCAAUCCCGGUCUACGGUCCCUACCAUGCUAGACACCUCUUCACCGAGACGGACUUGGAGCGCAUCCUUGCUGGAGAGAUAUCCCAAGAGCUCAAGCAGCGUUCACCUUCCUCUAUGAUUCAUUCUGCUGCUACAGGCAAGCUGAUCGUCGCCGAGAACGCAUAUGAACUCGCCAAGCUUGCUCUUGCUGAGAUGCUCCAAGACCCUGUCCGCUGGGAUCGUCUGCUUGAGGAGACCGUCGCUCAGCUUGCUCUGAGCAAGCGUGGUGUCAAGAUCCACGCUCUUGGUAUCUGCAACGUUGCCAACAGUCUGGUCUCUGCUCUCAAGGCGGGUAAGCAGACUCAGGUCAGCGUUACCGACCACACCUCUUUCGUGGAAACCAAAAAAUACRUUGGCCACACCCAAACCGAUAAGAUCGCCAUCGUUGGAAUGGCUGGCCGAUUUCCCAACUCAGCCAACCACGAGGCUCUUUGGGAUCUCCUCAUGAAGGGACUCGAUGUCCAUCGCAAGAUCCCUGCCGACCGCUUUGACGCCGACGCUCACUGCGACCCAUCGGGCAAAGGAAAGAACAAGUCACACACGCCAUUUGGAUGCUUCAUCGACGAGCCUGGUCUCUUCGACCCGCGCUUCUUCAACAUGUCGCCCCGAGAAGCGGCCCAAACGGAUCCCAUGGGCCGUCUCGCUCUCGUGACAGCAUACGAGGCGUUGGAAAUGUCUGGAUAUGUGCCGAACCGGAGUACCUCUACCAAGCUUAACCGUAUCGGUACCUUUUACGGCCAGACUUCUGAUGACUGGCGUGAGAUCAAUGCCGCGGAGAAUGUUGACACAUACUUCAUUACCGGCGGUGUACGCGCGUUUGCGCCAGGCCGCAUCAACUACUACUUCAAAUUCUCAGGCCCGUCAUACUCUGUCGACACUGCAUGCUCGUCGUCUCUUGCUGCCAUUCAGCUCGCAUGUACUUCUCUCUGGGCUGGCGAUGUUGAUACCGCCUGCGCCGGUGGACUGAACGUCCUGACCAACCCCGACAUUUUCUCCGGUCUCUCCAAGGGUCAAUUCCUAUCCAAGACUGGUGGCUGCAAGACCUACGACAACGACGCCGAUGGCUACUGCCGUGGAGAUGCCUGCGGAACUGUUAUACUCAAGCGUUACCAGGAUGCUAUUGCCGACAAGGACAAUAUCCUUGGAUGCAUCCUUGGCGCCGCCACAAACCACUCAGCAGAAGCCGUUUCCAUCACCCACCCACACGCUGGCGCCCAGGAGUUCCUCUAUAAACAGGUGCUCGCAAAUGCAGGUGUGGAUGCCCAUGAGAUCAGCUAUGUCGAGAUGCACGGAACAGGCACACAGGCUGGAGACGGCAUCGAGAUGACUUCCGUCACUAACRUCUUUGCUCCCCGUCAUCGUCAGCGCAAGCCCGAGCAGACCGUUCACCUCGGUGCCAUCAAGGCCAACGUUGGCCACGCUGAGGCUGCUUCGGGCAUCAACUCACUUGUCAAAGUCCUGAUGAUGAUGAAGAACAACAAGAUUCCUGCCAAUGUUGGUAUCAAGGGCGAGAUCAACAAGACUUUCCCUGCAGAUCUCAAGGACCGUAAUGUUCACAUCUCUCAGACGGAGGUUGCUUGGCCUCGUAAGAGCGAUGCCCCUCGCAAGGUGUUCCUGAACAACUUUUCUGCUGCAGGCGGUAACACCGCACUCCUCAUCGAAGACGGCCCGGUUCGGAAAGCUCCACUUGGCGUUGACCCACGUGGUACACUCCCCAUCACAGUGACAGCUCGCUCCAUCGGGUCGCUCAAGCGGAACCUGGCGAAUCUGCAGCAGUACAUCAGUGAGAACGGCAGCACAACUCUGCCUUCGUUCYCGUACACCCUGACUGCGCGUCGCAUUCAGCACAACUACAGGGUCGCCUUUCCGCUCUCGGACAUCACCAAGGUCAACGCUGCGAUGCAGUCGCAGGUCAAGGAAUCGUACAGCCCAGCUCCAAUGGUACCUACCAAGACAGCCUUUUGCUUCACGGGCCAGGGCUCGCAGUACACCGGCCUAGGACAGACUCUCUACCAGGACCUCAAGAGUUUCCGCGAUGACAUCGAUCAGCUCGACCACCUCGCUCAAGUGCAAGGUCUUCCAUCUUUCCUCGAGCUUCUCGAUGGGACUGAUGUGCAGACUCUGUCUCCGGUCAAGGUCCAACUUGGUAUGGCUUGCAUCCAGGUUGCCCUGACGCGCAUGUGGGCCGCUUGGGGAAUUACUCCAACUGCAGUCAUUGGACACAGCCUCGGCGAGUACGCAGCUCUCCAUGUUGCUGGUGUGAUCUCCGCCUCUGACAUGGUCCUGUUGGUUGGCCGUCGUGCCGAGCUUCUGGUCCGCGACUGCACUCCACACACCCAUGGGAUGCUCGCCGUCAAGGGUGGUGUGGAUGCUAUCCGCAAUGCUCUCGGUAGCAAGAUGACCGAGGUUGCUUGCAUCAACGGUCCAGAGGAGACUGUUCUCUGUGKGAGUGGUGACAUUGUCGCUGCUGCCAACCAGACUCUCGUCCAGCGUGGCUUCAAGGCCACCAAGCUGAACGUUCCCUUUGCGUUCCACUCUGCUCAAGUCGACGCUAUCCUGAGCGAGUUUCAGAAGGUCGCAUCUUCGGUCACAUUCAACAAGCCUUCUAUACCGGUACUCUCUCCUCUAGGUGGUGAGGUCAUUCGCGAGGCAGGUAUUAUCAACCCCGACUACCUUGCUCGUCAUGCUCGUGAGACUGUCAACUUUUGGUCUGCGCUCACAAGCGGUCGGAAGGAGGCCGUGUUCGAUGAGAAGACGGCAUGGCUCGAGAUCGGUGCCCAUCCAGUUUGCUCGGGUAUGGUCAAGGCUUCGAUUGGAGUCACGGUCACUGCACCGUCUCUCCGCCGAGGCGAAGAUGCCUGGAAGACCAUCUCGAACAGCAUCUGCUCGCUGUUCACCCUCGGUGUCAACUUCAACUUUGACGAGUUUCACCGCGAGUUCAACAACGCCCAGGAGCUACUCACGCUUCCUACGUACUCAUUCGACAACAAGAAGUAUUGGCUCGACUACCACAACAACUGGACUCUGACCAAGGGCGAGGCACAAAAGACCAGAGACAUUAUUCUGGAGAAGGUGGUGGCCGCUGUCCCCGUCGAGGUACCAGCCAAGCGCUUGUCCAGCUCUUGUCAAAAAGUCAUCAGAGAGGAGUUUGAUGGUGCUCGUGCCACAGUUGUUAUCCGCUCCAGCUUGGCCGACAGCAAGCUUUACCCCGUUGUCUGUGGACACAUGGUCAACAAUGCUGCACUCUGCCCAUCAUCUUUGUACGCCGACAUGGCGUUGACUGCGGGCGACUACAUCUACAAGCAGCUCAAUCCCGAUGCAGAGACUCCCGGCAUCAACGUCUGCAAUAUGGAGGUUCCAAAGCCACUCAUUGCGCAAAUUCCUCAGCCUCCUCAGGGCCAGCACAUUGAGAUGGAAGCCACUGCCGAUCUCGCGCAAGGCUCUGUCAAGGUGCAAUUUCGCAGCGUUCAGCCAGAUGGCAAAAAGAUCCAAGACCACGCCUCGUGCACUGUUCGCUACGAAGACAAGGCUGCUUGGGCCGAGGAGUGGGCACGCUACAACUUCAUGGUGAAAGCGCAGAUCGACACGCUCGCCGCCAAGACCAUGACUGGCGGUGCGCACAAGGUCCAACGUGGCAUGGCUUACAAGCUGUUCAAAGCGCUUGUGAGCUAUGACAGCAAGUACCGCGCCAUGUCUGAGGUCAUUUUGGACGGCGCCAACACCGAGGCCUCUGCCUCCCUGGACUUCCCUACCAAGCCUGACGACGGUGAUUUCUAUUGCCCACCCUACCACAUCGAUGGAGCUUGCCACAUUGGAGGCUUCAUUGUCAACGCCUCCGAUCUACUCGAUUCCGAGCAGAAUGUCUAUGUGUCCCACGGGUGGGGCGCGAUGAAGUUCUCCCGUCCUCUGACCGCAGGCAUGCGUCUCCGCAACUACGUUCGCAUGUUACCACAGCCUGGCAACAUCUCCAAGGGUGACGUUUACAUUCUCCAAGGUGAUGAGAUCAUUGCUGUCUGCGAGGGCUUGAAGUUCCAACAGAUUCCCCGCCGCGUGCUCAACACCUUCUUGCCACCAAACAAGAGUGCCACUUCUCAGACUGCUCCUAAGUCUGCUGCUGUGGCGUACAAGCCUGCGCCGGUCCGUGUGUCAGCACCAGCUCCGAUGAAGAUCGCGUCCAUGCCGAUCAAGGUUGCGCCAGUACCGGCGAAGGUCGCUGCAAUUUCGCCCAAGAUCCCAGCCGCACAAAAAGUCAGAAAGAUGGCAAUCAAGAAGCCGACCAUGGGCAUGGUUGAUAAAGUCAUGAACAUUCUCGCCAAAGAGACCGAGGUCGACAUCGGAGAGCUUGUUGAUGAUGCGCACUUCGAGAAUCUCGGAGUGGACUCACUCUUGUCGCUCACCAUCUCUGCCAUCUUCCGCGAAGACCUUGACAUUGAGAUCAGCCCGACUCUAUUCACCGACUACCCAACAGUCGGUGAGAUGAAGAAAUACUUCUCCCAAUUCAAUGGCGCUUCGUUCAGCGCUGUUGAGGUUGUGGACGAUGGCGAUUCGUCCGACGACGAUUCCAUCGCACCAACAGACGCCCCAACUCCUUUCGAGGAUAUGUCUACACCCGCCAGCUCUGCACCCAGCGAUAUUGCUUCUGAGGAUGGCAAGCCUGACACGUACACCCGAGAGACUUUGGCUGAUGUUGGCCAUGUUUCUCUUGCGCGUCACAUUAUUGCCCAAGAAAUGGGAGUGGACAUCUCGGAGAUCACAGACCAAGCAGAACUCGCCGAAAUGGGCAUGGACUCCUUGAUGAGUCUCACGAUCCUCGGGGAGCUUCGAGAAAAGACCGGUGUGGAUCUUCCCAGCACGUUCUUGUUGGCCAACCCAACCAUUGUGGAUAUCGAGAACGCUCUUGGCAUGCGUCCAGUCGUACUGAAGCCAACGGAUUCUGGCCGGGGGUCUACCAAAGCUGCUCUUAAUGAAGUUUCUGACAGGCUUUCAGCCAUCAACAAGACCGAUAUCACCAACUAUCCCCCAGCAACCUCCGUCCUACUCCAAGGUAGUCCCAAGACUGCAACCAAGAAAGUCUUCUUCCUGCCAGACGGUUCUGGAUCGGCCACUAGCUAUGUCUCUAUUCCCAACCUUGGGUCCGACGUUGCAGCGUACGGCCUCAACUGUCCCUUCAUGAAGGAUCCAGAACAGUGGCAAUGUGGCAUCGAGGUUGUCUCGCUUAUCUAUCUCGCCGAGAUCCGCCGCCGACAAGCUCAAGGUCCAUAUAUCAUUGGCGGUUGGUCUGCUGGAGGCGUGAUCGCAUACGCUGUCGCCCAGGCUCUGCUCGCUGCCGGCGAACAAGUCGAGAAGCUUUUGCUUCUUGAUUCUCCCUGCCCGGUGAACCUCGAUCCUCUUCCCACCCGGCUCCAUGUCUUCUUCAACGAGAUCGGCCUUCUCGGGACUGGUGAGCCAGCCAAAACACCUAAAUGGCUGCUUCCUCACUUUUCCGCCGCCAUUCGUUCGCUAUCCGACUACGACCCGAAGCCAAGCAUUGCUCCCCUGCCAACAUUCGCAGUGUGGUGUCGAGACGGUGUUGCCGGCAACCCAGGCGACCCACGCCCACCACCAGCUGAGAAGGAGGACCCCGCACCAAUGAAGUGGCUCCUUGACCACCGUACCGACUUCACGGACAACGGUUGGGCACAGCUUUGUGGUAACAACAUGAAGUUUGGCGUUAUGGCCGGUCACCACUUCUCCAUGAUGAAGGAUCCUCACGCCAGUGAAUUGGGUCAGCUGAUUCGACAAGGUCUCGACUGGAAGGCAUAA